AUGUGUGAAGAUAUUGUUGACUAUUAUGAAAUCUUAGAAUGUGACAGGGCCGCUAGUUACGAUGAGCUCAAAAAGAAUUAUCAGAGACUAGCUUUGCUUUUGCAUCCUGAUAGAAAUGAAAACAAGCAAAACGACGAAAAGUUUUUACUACUGCAGAAAGCCUGGUCAGUUCUCAGAGAUCCUGAAAGUAGAAAGCAGUUCGAUGCAUUAUUAGUAUGCCACGACCAUUCUAACCUCUUACUGUUCGAAACUUUAUCGUUAUCAGAGAUGACUUUUGACGAAACUGAAUGUGGAUAUUCAUACCCCUGUCGCUGUAGUGGAUUGUACUUUUUAGAAAUGAGUGAUGCUAAUCCACCAUCUGUUGUUGUUGAUUGCAAUGAGUGUUCAUUUUCUAUCCAAGUGAAUAUACCUCAACUAUGA